AUGUCUUCCGCCGCUCAUCAUACCCCAGCUCCCUCUGAAUCCUCUUACGCAUCUGCUGCUUCGGUGGAUAACAAUUCCAAUCGUUUUCAUCCUGAUUCGUACGAUACUGCGCAAGAUAAAAAUGAGGACGUCUCUUCUAUCUCCUCCACUGCUACCGUUGCAGCCAGAGAUCGCGCUAGUCAAAACCAUGAGUCCGGUUCUUAUAUUCCCCAUGCUGAUGCUCCUACUUCUUCCUCUUCUGUUUCGUCCGUGGAUCACCUUACCGGUGAUCCUUUCGCUUUAGGUGAGGAUUUUGAUCUAAGACGCUACCUUCGUGGCUAUAAAGAUACCCUCGAUCGCGAUGGCAUUCGAUCUCGUACAACUGGUGUUUGUAUGCGUGAUACCAGUAUCUAUGGUUUGGGCUCUGGUUACGAGUUUCUCACUACCUUCAUUGACAUCUUUCUUGCUCCUUACCGUCACUUCAAAGAGCGACAAGUCGUCAAAAAGGCCAUCCUUUCUCAUAGCCAUGCCCUCGCCAAUGCUGGUGAGCUUGUCAUGGUUUUGGGUCAACCCGGAGCCGGUUGUUCUACUUACUUGAGAUCAGUAGCUGGAGAGACAGAACACUAUAAUGGUGUAGAAGGUUCUCUUCAUUAUGACGGCAUUGAUGCCGUCGAAAUGAAAAAACAUUACCCAGGUGAUGUUCUUUAUUCCGGUGAAAACGAUGUCCACUUUCCCACACUCACUACCCGUGAAACCAUUAACUUUGCUGCCCGUGUGCGUGCUCCCCGUAAUCGUCCUUGCAACCUCUCACGCAGCGAAUACAUGGCCCGAGUCCGCGAUCUCAUUGCUACAAGUUUUGGUCUUACACAUACUUACAAAUCGAAGGUUGGUAACGAUUUCGUUCGUGGUGUAUCCGGAGGUGAACGCAAACGUGUAACCAUCAGUGAGGCCUUUGCUCUUCGACCAACCAUCGCCUGCUGGGAUAAUAGUACCCGUGGUUUGGAUUCAAGUACCGCUUACGAAUUCGUAAAUAACCUUCGUAUUUGUGCUGAGGAACUUCAGGUGACUUCCUUUGUUACCGCCUAUCAAGCUAGUCAAAAAAUUUAUGAGCUUUUUGAUCGAGUUUGUGUCCUUUAUUCUGGUCGUCAAAUUUACUAUGGCCCUGCCUCCAAGGCUAAGGACUACUUUCUUGAUAUGGGCUUCACUUGCCAUCCCCGUGAAACCACUCCCGAUUUUUUGACCGCUAUCUCCGAUCCCACAGCUCGUAAACCAAAGGAGGGUUGGGAAGACCGUGUUCCACGUACUGCUGAAGACUUUGAACGUGUAUGGCAUGAGCAUCCCUUGUAUUCCCAGCUUCUUCGUGAAAUGGAUGAAUAUGACAGAAAAUGGGAUGAAAGCUCUCCUUCGUCCGCUACUCACUCUGCAAAGGAAUUCGAUGACAGUAUGUCCGCUGCCACGAAACAUGAAUUGUAUCGUGAAAGUGCUCGUUCUGAAAAAUCAAAGAGUUUAUCCAAGAAGUCUCCUUACACUAUCACUUUUUGGAUGCAACUACGCUACUGUUUAAUUCGUUCGUGGCAACGAUUCAUUAAUGAUCCUGCUUAUAUUGGAGCCAUGGCUUUUGCUUUUAUGUUUCAGUCAUUUAUCAUAGGUUCUAUCUUUUACAAUAUGAAGAAGAAUACAAGUGAUAUGUUUUCCCGAGGUGGUGUACUUUUCUUUGCUAUAUUAUUUACGGCCCUUCAAAGUCUUUCCGAAAUUGCCAAUAUGUUUGCUCAACGUCCUAUUAUUGCUAAGCACCGUUCUUCCGCUCUUUACCAUCCAGCGGCCGAUGUCAUUAGUAGCCUUAUCGUUGAUAUUCCUUUUCGUGUUAUCAAUGUUACUGUUUUCUCCAUUAUUCUUUAUUUUCUAACUGACUUGCGUCGUACUGCCGGUGGUUUUUGGACAUUUUACGUCUUUUUGCUUAUGGGCGCCCUUACAAUGACUACUUUUUUCAGAGCGUUGGCUGCAAUCAUGCCUAACGUAUCCGCCGCUUCUGCUUUGGGUGGUAUUGGUGUCUUGGCUAUUGCCAUCUAUACUGGUUAUGCUAUUCCCAAUAUUGAUGUUGGUUGGUGGUUCCGUUGGAUUUCAUAUUUAGAUCCUGUACAGUUUGGUUUUGAGUCUUUAAUGAUUAACGAGUUCAAGGCUCAAGCUUUUGAAUGCGCUCAAAUGAUUCCUUCGGGAGGUAACUAUGAUAACGUUUCCUCUCAGUAUAAAGUCUGCCCUGUUGUCGGUGCCCAACCUGGUCAAACCUCUGUUGACGGUUCAAGUUAUCUGUUUGCCAGCUUUAAUUACAAGACACGUCAAAUAUGGAGAAACUUUGCAAUUAUCAUUGGCUUUUACGCUUUCUUGAUUUUUGUAAAUGUUGUUGCCAGCGAGACUUUGAAUUUUAAUGAUGCUAAAGGUGAAUUCCUCAUUUUCCGUCGGGGUUAUGCACCUGAUACUGUGAAAGAGGCUGUUGAGGAAGGCGGAAAACCUUUGGAUUUAGAAACAGGCCAAGAUACUCAAGGCGGUGGUGUUGUUAAAGAAGCUCAAAAUCCUGAAGAAGUGGAAAAGGAAUUUGGUAGUAUUGAAAGUGGACGUGACAUUUUCAGCUGGAGAAAUCUUAGUUAUGAUAUUACUGUUAAAGGCGAAAAGCGACGAUUGUUGAGCGGAGUUAAUGGUUUUGUAAAGCCUGGAAAACUUACUGCCUUAAUGGGUGAGUCGGGUGCUGAGGCUGUUGAGGAAGGCGGAAAACCUUUGGAUUUAGAAACAGGCCAAGAUACUCAAGGCGGUGGUGUUGUUAAAGAAGCUCAAAAUCCUGAAGAAGUGGAAAAGGAAUUUGGUAGUAUUGAAAGUGGACGUGACAUUUUCAGCUGGAGAAAUCUUAGUUAUGAUAUUACUGUUAAAGGCGAAAAGCGACGAUUGUUGAGCGGAGUUAAUGGUUUUGUAAAGCCUGGAAAACUUACUGCCUUAAUGGGUGAGUCGGGUGCUGGUAAGACUACCCUUUUGAACGUGCUUGCUCAGCGUGUUGAUACUGGUGUUGUCACUGGUAAUAUGCUUGUUAACGGUAAUCCUCUUGACUCUACAUUCCAGCGUCGUACCGGAUACGUCCAGCAACAAGAUGUUCACGUUUCUGAAAGCACUGUUCGAGAAGCACUUCAAUUCAGUGCUGCACUUCGCCAGCCAGCCUCUGUUCCUCUUUCUGAAAAGUAUGAAUACGUUGAGAAAACAGGCCAAGAUACUCAAGGCGGUGGUGUUGUUAAAGAAGCUCAAAAUCCUGAAGAAGUGGAAAAGGAAUUUGGUAGUAUUGAAAGUGGACGUGACAUUUUCAGCUGGAGAAAUCUUAGUUAUGAUAUUACUGUUAAAGGCGAAAAGCGACGAUUGUUGAGCGGAGUUAAUGGUUUUGUAAAGCCUGGAAAACUUACUGCCUUAAUGGGUGAGUCGGGUGCUGGUAAGACUACCCUUUUGAACGUGCUUGCUCAGCGUGUUGAUACUGGUGUUGUCACUGGUAAUAUGCUUGUUAACGGUAAUCCUCUUGACUCUACAUUCCAGCGUCGUACCGGAUACGUCCAGCAACAAGAUGUUCACGUUUCUGAAAGCACUGUUCGAGAAGCACUUCAAUUCAGUGCUGCACUUCGCCAGCCAGCCUCUGUUCCUCUUUCUGAAAAGUAUGAAUACGUUGAGAGUGUUAUUAAGUUAUUGGAGAUGGAAAGUUAUGCCGAAGCUAUCAUCGGGUCCCCUGGUUCUGGAUUGAAUGUUGAGCAACGUAAGCGUGCUACUAUUGGCGUUGAGUUGGCGGCCAAGCCAGCUCUUCUUUUGUUUUUGGAUGAACCCACGUCUGGUCUGGAUAGUCAAUCGGCAUGGUCGAUCGUUCAGUUUCUGCGUAAGCUGACUGACGCUGGUCAAGCAAUCCUUUGCACGAUUCAUCAACCUAGUUCUGUCUUAUUUGACCAAUUUGACAGGUUGUUGCUUCUUCAGAAAGGUGGUAAGACGGUGUACUUUGGUGAUAUCGGUGAUCAUUCCAAGACUUUGUUGGAAUAUUUUGCUAAUCAUGGAGCCACUCCUUGCCCUCCGGAUGCCAAUCCAGCUGAAUACAUUCUGGAUGUGAUUGGCGCCGGUGCUACUGCGAAGACUGACCGUGAUUGGCAUGAAGUUUGGAAUAACUCGGAAGAAAGGAAACAUACAACUGAAGAAUUGGAUAGGAUUGAAAGUUCUAAAGCGAAUUCGAAGAGGGAGGUUAAAAAAGAAGAUACUCAUACAUAUGCUAUGCCUUUAUGGUUCCAAAUUAAAUUUGUGUUGACUAGGAACUUUCAUUCUUAUUGGAGAGAACCUUCGCUGUUAAUGUCUAAAAUGUUCUUGAAUAUUUUCGCAGGAUUAUUUAUUGGUUUCACUUUCUAUAAUCAAGGUUUAGGUUCUCAAAACAUGCAAAACAAGCUUUUUGCAGUUUUCAUGGCAACCGUGCUUGCAGUUCCUCUUAUUAAUGGUUUACAGCCAAAAUUCAUCGACCUUCGAAAUGUGUUUGAAGUGAGAGAAAAACCAUCCAAUAUUUACAGUUGGAUCUCUUUUGUUAUUUCCGCGAUUCUUGUUGAAAUUCCAUUCAAUUUUGUAUUCGGUACGAUUUUUUUCUUAUGUUGGUUUUAUCCUGUAAAGUUUUAUAAACAUUUGGAACAUCCGAGUGACAGAACAGGUUAUGCUUGGUUAAUGUACAUGAUAUUUCAAAUGUACUAUUCCACGUUCGGUCAAGCUGUUGCUAGUGCCUGUCCGAAUGCUCAAACUGCAUCCGUCGUGAACAGUUUGGCGUUCACUUUCAUCAUUACGUUUAAUGGUGUCAUGCAACCACUUGCUAAUUUGAUGAAAUUUUGGCAUUGGAUGCACUCUUUGACACCCUUUACCUACAUUAUUGAAGGUUUAUUGAGUGAUUUGCUGCAUAAACUUCCGGUGGAAUGCAAGCCUAAUGAACUGAGUAUUUUGAAUCCCCCGUCGGGGCAGACUUGCCAAUCCUACUUGAACGAUUUUUUGAAGAGUCCGAGUGCCGGUAAUUUAUUGAACCCUAAUGAUACGAGCAAUUGUCAGUAUUGUAAGUACAAAACAGCUGACCAAUUUUUGGCACAAUUCAGUAUGAAGUUUAAUCAUCGCUGGCGUGACUUUGGUAUCGUCAUCGGUUAUGUCUUUUUUAAUGUCUUUGCUGUGUUGUUAUUAUUCUACAUUUUCCGGGUUAUGCGUAUCAAGAGUACCUGGAUUUACAGAAAGAUUACAAAAAGUGCCUAA